AUGAUAAAUUUUAGUUUAAGCAAAAAAACACCAGGAAUAAAUUUUAAAUUAAAUAAUAAUUAAAAUAAUGAAACUUAAUAAAUUGAAUCUCUUAUUUGUUUUUUUGAUUUACAUGAAUAAAAGUGGGUAAAAUAAUAAUCUACGGGUAGAACUCCUUCAAAAAGAACUCAUAAUCAUAGUUGGUAUGAAUAACCUUAUUUAUUUAUAUAUGGAGGAUUAUCUUUAGAUAAAAAAAUACUUAAUGAUAUGUACGUAUUAAAUACAGAAAAGUUAUAAUGGAAAAGAUUUUUUUGGUUUGAAGGACCAUAAUCAAAAAUACAUUCAUAAUUAGUAGAUUUAGGAGAAAAAAAAUACAUUAUAGGAGGCUAAUUGAGUGAUAAUUAACUUUCAAAUGAAAUUUGGACUUUCACUUUAGAAGAUAUUGGCUGGGAUUAAAAUGUUAAUGAAUUACCUGGGAUAUAAUGGGAAAAAUCAGAUAUAAAUAAAAAUCACGUUUUCCCACCUACUAAAAAUCAUUCUGCUGUAAAAAUAAACGACUCCCAAAUAUUCAUUUUUGGAGGUUAUAAUUAAAAAAAAUAAUCUACGGAUUCGGCUUUUUUAAUUAAUACUUAAAAUAACUCAAUCUCUUAAUAUUAAGGUAAAGGUUAAAAGCCUACGCCAAGAGCUUUUCAUGUAAAAAAGUAAAAUUGUGAUAAUCUAAUUUGCCUUUUUGGUGGAUAUAGUUGCUAAGAUGAUAUGAUUAAGGGUUCCUAAACUUUAAAUGAUCUAUAUUUACUUGAUUUGAAUUAAAAAAAUUGGAUAAAGCCAAUAAUUUAAGGAAAUUUACCAUAAUUUAAAAUAGUUCUUGCAACUGCAUGCAAUUAAAUGUAAAAUGAAAUAGUGUUAUUAGGAGGAAAAACUUAAGAAAAUAGCUCUAAUAUAGAAAAAUUUAUAUAUCUAAUAAAUUAAUAAUAAUAAUAACAAUAAUAAUAAUAAUAAUAAUAAUAAUAAUAAUAAAAUAAUGAGAAUUAUUAAAAACUGUAAUUUGAAGGAUAUAGAGACGCAGCAAAAAAGUAAAAAUCAAAUAAUCCUUCUACAAUGACCUAAGAAUUUAAUUAGGCAUAAAAAUAUAUAAUUGAAUAAAAGAAAAAAUUAUAAGAUUUAGAAAAUAAAUAUAAAAGUUUAAAAAAAAAAAAUGAGGAAUUAAGGGAAAAUCAAAUCAAAAUGUAAGGAAAUUAAGAAAUUGUAUAAUAAUAUGAAAAUAUAGAGGCCUAAAUUAAAGAAAAAACAUAGAGAAAUCAAUAAUUUGAUCUGUUUUUUGAUAAAGUUAAAUGUCUUUUAGCAUAUGUUAGAAAAAGAAGAAAAAUACUAUAAAUUAAAUAACUAUCAUUAUAAGAUUCCUUUAAAAAAGCUGAGAAUUUCAUAAUUAUAAUUGAUGUUAUAUAUUCAAGAGGAUAAAAAGGUUAAAUUAUAUAUGUAUUGUUUUAAAAAUAAUUACAUUAAAAUAAAGAUAAUUUAUUUAAUGGAAUAAUUAAUAAUGAAAUACUUGAAAAAAUAUAAUAAUUAAAGGAAGAACACAAAUAAGUAUUAACUUAAUUUCGAAAUAGUUUUGAAAUAGCUAUUGAAAAUGAAAAAUAAAUAAAAAAGGAAAUGAAAGUUAAAGUAAAUUUAUGUUUUUUAUUUAAUUUGUAAUAUUUUUAUAUUGAUUUAAAAAAACAAAAAAAAAGAAAGAAGCUUUAAAACCAGAAAUAAAUAUAUCAGAAGAAUGGAAAAAAUUAAUAACAAGUGAUUAAAAGCAAUAUUUUUUAAAAAAUAAAUAAUGAAUAUAUUCUAUAAUUUUUAAAAAAAUUAAUAAAAAAUAAAAUUAAAAUAAAAAAUACAUAGAAAAGGAUUAUAUAAAGGAAAAAUUAUAUUAAGAACUUAAAGAUAUAUUAUAUAAAAAAAAAAAAAUAUUAUAUAAUAAAUAAUAUAUAUAUAUAAUAUUAUAUAUUUAUAUAUUUAAAAUAUUUAUAAUUAUUUAAAUAAUAUAGUUAUACAUAUUAAUACUUAAUAUAAUUUACUUAAUUUAUAACAAAUAUAAAAUAAAUAUAUUAUAAAUUUUAAUUUUUAUAAAAAAAUUUUUCUCAGUUCCAACCGUCUACAAUAUUAGUUUUUACGUUUUAAUUUUAAAUUUUAAUUUCUCUUGUUUCUGUUUUUUUCUUAUUACAAUAUUAUUAAAAAUGUAGUUUUUUUUUUAUAUAUAAUAAUACUUUAUCUUAUUCUACUUUUUUAGCUUAUUAUUGCUAUUAAUGUUUUUUCUUUGUUUCUUCAUUCUAAUCUUUAACAACGUUCCAUUAUUCAUCCUUUUUUUUAAUUUUAUUUUUUUAAUCAUAAAUUAAAUAUUACCUUAUUUUCUUGUUCUUUAUGAUUAAAAUUCUUUUCUUAAUCUUAUGA